AUGGCCGCCGCCGCGCGAUUCUUUGCCUUGCUCAUUUGCAUCUUGGGGGCGAGCACUGUCGUUGCCGCGGCAGAUUUGUCGUAUCAGGGCAUCCCAAGCUGUGCCGUCAACUGUAUCUUCCAGGAGAUCGGCCAUAGCGACUGCGCCAUUACGAACCAAACAUGCAUCUGCCACGACGAUGUGCUGGCUGGCUACGUACAAACAUGCGUUCAGGCCAGCUGCACAGUUAGAGAAAUGCUGGCGGCCCGAAACCAGUCAUUAGCUGCCUGCGGAGUGCCCGUAUCCCAGCACGAUGAAACUAUGAGAUGGUUCCGACUGACCAUUUUUGCCCUCCCGACCUUCUUCCUCUUCGUCCGGGUUGUCAACAAGUAUAUGAAGCUAUCAAGUUGGGGCUGGGACGACACAACCAUUAUGAUUGCAUAUGCUGUCCUAGUAGCCUUUCUGCCAGCGGCCUAUGUCGCCGAAAGAACAGGUGCAGGGAGGGACAUUUGGACCCUUACUCCUGAACAAAUUACCGAGUUUCUUUUCGUGUUUCUCAUAUUUGGCACGCUGUACAUGACGUCUCUGGCCUUCAUCAAGUGUUCCAUCCUGUUUCUCUACCUACGCAUCUUCCCCGAUGAAAAGUUCAGGAGGGUCCUGUGGGGUACGCAGCUGUUCAACCUCCUUUUAUGGAUUGCGUUCGUCACGGGCACGUUCGCCGCCUGUCAGCCCCUGAACUUCUUUUGGAACGGAUGGAAGAAAGAGAUGGCGGGCAAGUGCUUCAACCUGAACGCUUUUGCCAUGUGUCAUGGUGUGCUCAACGUUGCCUUGGACGCCUGGAUGCUUGUGUUACCGACCACUCAAAUCUAUGGGCUGAGAAUGAAGCUCAAGACGAAGAUCGGCGUCAUGCUGAUGUUCGGCGUUGGCAUAUUCCUCACAGCAGUCAGUGCCUACCGUAUCAAGACGCUUGUCUUGUUUGCGACAUCAUACAACAUCACAGCCGACUCGUUUCAGAGUUCCAUGUGGUCCUCGAUAGAGCUCUGCGUGGGGGCUUUUGUCGCCUGUCUCCCGAGCGCCCGCCAAGUCUGGAGGAUAACAUUUCCCAAGAUCCUCGAAGUGACACACAUCUCUACGAGAUCGUCUCCAUCAAGCAAGGGUUCCAACGCCAUCAGCCAAGCCUCAAGAACGUUGUCAGGCGCUCAUGAACGACCACGCAUGGCUGCUUACGAAGAGUCAUCGAUAGCGCAUCUGGUCGGGGAUUUCAACAAAAUCGACCUCAACGACCUUCCCGACACGAGCCCGACGGAAACUACGCACCCACGGACGCCGAAGAACCGAAAUGAGACCAAAACGGAACCCGGUUCGGGCAGCUCUAGAGGCAGCUGA